ACGAAAUCAACGCGCCCAUGUUUUCCCGCUUAACACACCAACUACAAAUCCCUCAAUCUUCUUCACCAUUUCCAAUCUCAAUCUCAUUCUUUUUCUUCUUUCAUCUUUCUUCAUUUUUCUUCAAUUCUUUGUUAUUUUUCUUCUUAGUUUCUUUCACCAACAAUGCCUUCAAUUGCAUCUUCCAAACGCAGAUUCAGAUCUCCCGCCACACCCAUCCCGACCACCACCACUUCUCCUCCCACCCGCAAAUCCCCCCGCCGUUGCAUCUCAGCAACUCCAAAUUCAGUCUCAUCCGUUGUUGUUCGUCAAAUCAUCACCGAUGAAAAUCAAAUCGAAUCGAUCCAACCUGCAUCACUUAAAUCCAAAUGGAAUCCCAAAGAUGGUGAGCAAAUGAGGAUUGUGAAGGAGGUGUUGCAUUUGUCUACAGCACCGUCUACGAUGGUGUGUCGUGAGGAAGAGCAAAAUGUGGUGUUGGGGUUUUGUAAAGGGUGUGUUGAGCAUGAAAAAGCUGGGAGUCUUUAUAUAUGUGGCUGUCCUGGUACUGGGAAAUCGUUGUCGAUGGAGAAAGUGAAAGUGAAUUUACUCAAUUGGGCUGCAGAGGGAGGUUUUCCGCUGCCCGAUGUUUUAUCUGUAAAUUGUACAUCGCUGUCAAAUACAUCUGAUAUUUUCACAAAGAUACUUGGGUUACACAAAACCCUGGGAAAAAAGGGUUCAGGAACACCCUUACAGCAACUUCAGAACUUGUAUUCUCAUAAAUCGCCUACAUUGAACAUGAUAUUGAUAGUAGCAGAUGAAUUAGAUUAUCUAAUUACCAAAGACAGAGCUGUGCUCCAUGAUCUUUUCAUGCUUACCACUUUUCCAUUUUCCAGAUGUAUACUUAUAGGUGUAGCAAAUGCAAUUGAUCUAGCCGAUCGAUUUCUUCCAAGGCUUACUGCAUUAAAUUGCAAGCCUACUGUUGUAACUUUUCGGGCAUACACUAAAGAUCAGAUCCUUAAGAUUAUUCAAGAAAGGCUAAAUGAACUUCCUUACAUCGUCUUCCAACAUCAAGCAUUGGAACUAUGUGCCAGGAAAGUUGCUGCAGCUUCUGGAGAUAUGCGAAAUGCUCUUUGUAUAUGCAGGAGUGCAAUAGAGAUGCUAGAAGCAGAAAUUAGAGAUUCUGCUUGCAAUUUGAAUGCUUUGGAAGAGAAAUCAUCCUCAGAACAAAAUCUUCCUACAGCACCGGAUUAUGUUAAAAAACAAGAACUUGAUAUGGUAAGGAUUGAUCAUAUGGCUCUUGCAUUGUCCAAAACAUAUAGAUCACCAGUUGUGGAUACCAUACAAUCUCUGCCACAUCAUCAACAAAUUAUACUCUGCUCCUCGAUGAAACGUUUCCGUGGAGCCAAGAAAGACUCAAUCCUUGGCGAGUUAUAUAAAUCUUAUGCGGAGAUAUGCAAAUCAUCACUAAUUCCCCCUGCUGGAAUCAUGGAAUUUUCAAACAUGUGCAGAGUGUUAAAUGACCAGGGCCUUAUUAAACUAGGACAAUCCAGAGAUGAUAAAUUGAGAAGAGUGACACCAAAACUAGAUGAAGGUGAUAUUACUUUUGCGUUGCAGGGAAUCCGCUUUUUUCGAAAUUGUCUUCAGUGAUCCUGCUUAUUGGUUCUGGCAACAUUUUCAGAAGCAAGAGAUGUUAGAGGAAUUUUAUUUAUUUUUUCUAGAACAAAAAUAUAGCAAUUGAUGUAAACAUGAAUUAUAUCUUUGAUUUCACAUUAAUAAAGUGAUUAUAGUUUUCUUGACACAA